AUGUCAGAUCCAGCUGUUUCCUUGGGUUCCUACGCUCAGAACAUUAUCGCAAUCACAUCGUUCCUGCGGAAGCGUCACAGAGACAAUCAGGCCAAAGUCAAUUUGCUGGAUGAAGCUCGUCGACUUGCGCGAGAGAUCCGCCAUGCCGUUUCCACUUUCCCGCGAGAUCUCAACAAAGAGCUGAAGGAUGAGCUGGAGCAGUUGAGCCUGAGCCUAUCGGACGUCCGUGAGGCAUUCAUCAGCGCGAAGAGUCGAAAUGAUCUACAGGACGCAAUCGACAACCUCCGAACUUCCAACGAAAAAAUUAGAGAAAUUCAUCCCGUCCGAUGUUCAAGCCCAAGUGCCGAAUCUGGGGACCCAUCCCAACAUUCCUCAACGUCGCCAGCACGGAUGAAGUACCUAGCUUCAAAAUCUCCUAUUAAUCAUCCAGACACAAAAGAGUCAGAAGACGAGAUCAAACCCACACCGACCUAUCAGCCAAAAGAGGUCUAUGUUGCAGAACUUGGAUCUGUAGGAUGGACUCCCGCAAAGGCAACCAUUGACGCUGACUCUAGCGUCAAUCUUAUUUCUGAACGGUUUCUUGAUUCUCUCGGGGCCACGAGCUCGUGGUCGCACCUCUUCUCUCGACAUUGGUCAUGGAUCACGGCUCCAUUCUACAAGCCGAGUCGGAAAUCGCAGACCUGGGCCGCACGAUCUCUAGUCAAACUCAAGAUGGCCUAUUCACCGGACUCUCCCCCUCACGUUGUUCCAUUCGAAGUCCACUAUGGCGUGUCAUUCUUCGGCGACCUCCUGCUAGGACAGGAUCUCCCCAAAGAUGAAAGACUUCAGAGUCCACCGGGGAGCUGGAAUACCGCAGGGCAACGUUUACGUUGCCUUCAAGAUCCUCAACAAGGCAAGAAGGCCGAUAUCAUUUUCGUGCAUUCGGCUCAUUGUGACACACAGGGGACGUGGCGCAAUAAAUCGGAUACAUUUUGGCCGCGAGAUCUGCUAGCGAAAGACGUGGACCGCUGCUCCAUUUGGACAUACGACUGCGAUUUGAGUCGAACGUUGGCCAACUCGGUCGAAUCUCUGGAGAAUAAGAUUGAGGAUCUGACCAGUGACCUCUUGGAGCAGAUCCGCCAGAAGACCAACAAAUAUCCAAUUCUUUGGAUCUGUCAUAGUCUCGGAGGACACGUCGUCAAAAAUGCGCUGACGAGAACAAUGAACACGAGUCCCUUCCAAACCAAAGGAAUCAUUUUUCUGGGUACGCCACACCGAGUCAACACAUCAACAGACAUAUAUGAAGAUCUCAUUGCAGAUUCCUUUGGAUUCAACACAAUACUAACAGAGGUCCAAAGCCAACGAUUCGACAACUCGAUAAGGUCCACAGCCUCUGCUUUUGCCUGUUUGAUGGACAGGCGUCCGCUUCCGGUGUUGUCUUUAUUUGAGACCAAGGCAACCAUGACGAAGCGGGGACCGCGAACGAUCGCGCCGCAGAUCACUAGACUGUAUCAUCCUCAAGAAUCUUGGGGUGUUCUCGAAGGGGACCAUUCUUCCAUUUGCAAGUUUGAAACAAGAGAAGAAAAGGGCUACAAAAAGAUUGUGGCAUCGGUUCGCGACCUCCUCGCAGGAGAGCUCUGGACAUACGAUUGGCAUCGAAGUAUAGAGCUUCACCUGCAGAGUAGGCCACCGUCUCGGCUGACCACGAGUACAUCUCUGUCACUCGACGCCGAGCCCAUCGAUAUCGACAAGAUGUACUUGAACUUCAGGCUCAAAAUCGAUUGGCCAUCGGCAAGAUGGACAUCACCAAAGCCCCAAGAUCAGGUCGACGCAACGUGGAUUGGGAACGAACCGCUCGUGGUGGAGUGGAUGAAAAGAGAAGACGCGAGACCACUUGUGAUUCGAGGCAAUCUGGGCAGUGGUAAAACGAGAAUUGCCGAGUCGAUUCAAGAGUGGUUGUAUCUCCCACCGCGACGAGCGAUGGUCCGACGGGCAAGCGCGAAAAUUUGCAAUCUAUCAUAUUUCUUCAAGUCGGAUCAAAGAUCUCAACAAACCCCCAAUCACAUGCUCCGGUCUUUGAUUACUCAAACAUUGGAUCAAAAUGAGGUGCUCAUAUAUCACAUCAAAGAGAAACCAUUCAAAAAUGCUUUGAAUCGUUUCGCUCCGCUGCGAGCCUACGCGAUUUUACAAGCAACCCUUCGGAUGUUAUUGGAGAACACAUGCUGGAGCUCGAUCAAUCUCGUGGUGGAUGGCCUUGACGAAUGCGACCCCAAACACACGAGAGACCUUUUGAACUCUUUGGAUAUGAUCCUCCAAAUCGGCAAAGUCAGGGCCCUUUUGACUGUCAGCACUGCGAUGACCGGAAAUGCUGAAGCAUCCAUGUCUGUGUUGAAUAACUUUAUCACCGGGGCCCAAUGUUUAGUGUUGGACCUCCCGAAGAGUCCCGCCUGGAACAGGCAUCUUGCGGAAUACCUCGAUGUGCGGCUCCGGGAGAUGAAUGGGUUUCAACUGGGAACCAGAGACCGAGAGCUGUUACAAGAGACUCUUUUAUCUCUCCCCAAUCGAUCAUUUGUGAUAUUUGACUUGGCUUUACAACACUUGAGAGACUCGUCGCCCCAUUGGGAAUCCCUCUCAAGCGAUCUUUUGAAGUCACGACUCGAGGAAUUGAAAGAUCGGGCGAAAAUUGAUGGUCUUCUUCUCGAUCUGGCCAAUACUGCUGGUCAAAAGGGCCGUUGGAUACUGUCAUUUCUUGCCUGUGCCUUUGGGCCAUUUCGAAUCCAAGCGCUUGCAGAGAUUCUUGCGCGGACCCCGGAAGUUGAGUGGAAAGGCGCACCAGACAAAAAGGUGAUUGAACUUCAGUCCUUGGUGGAUAAAGAUCUUCGAUUGCUUGUCCACGCCGACAGUGACGGUCUCCAUCUUGCCGGUCAGCUGGUCCGUCAAGUGAUUCAUGGCAGAAUGGCGUCCUCGGAAGUGCUGGGACCGGACAAGAUCAAGUUUUCAAAUGACUGGUGCAACUAUCGACAAUUGCACUUGCUUCUGAGUAAAACUUGUUUGCAGAUUCUGCUGGACAGUCUUGAAUCCAGAAGCGAUCCAGGACCUGAAGAGAGAAUGGGUCGGCUCGCCGCCGAAGAGUAUGCAAGCAGACACUGGCAGGAUCAUCUUCGCGAGGCAGGCCAUCUGGCCCCCAAUAUCAACGGUCUUGUGAUUUCUUGGAUGGAGGCUCCUCGAGAAACACAGCAUGAGAAUGUGAGACCCCCGGAAAAUGACUCGUUCCAGUUACUGCGGCGUCUGACGGAAGAAAACCUGUUUGAAACACUGGGCACGGUUUUUGAUGAACAAAGUCCCGAUCUGGAACUUCCAAGUCGAGAUGACAUUGACCAAGUCCUCGACCACUCUACCACGCCGCUCCUCCCGGAUACCAUACGGGCGCUGCAAAACAUCAACAAGCUUGCGGGAAGGACCGAGGAGAAGAAAACCGAAACAUUUCUGGCACUGAGAGAGCGCAAGUUAGAAGAAUUAGCGAGGCUCUUGGACCCUCUCGACGCUUCCCAAAAAUCAAAAUACCUCCGCAAAAGCAUUGAAAUGCAGGAUGCGGAACUCGUCCAAACCGUGCUCGACUCAUUUGCCAAAGACCGCGAAAUCCCCAAAAGGUCCACUGAACUUGCCUAUGCCGUUCAAUUCAAGUCCGUUGAGAUCGUUCGACUCAUGUUACAACGAAAAGAACUGUUUGAGCUCGACGCCGCUCUUCUAGGCGCCGUGGACGUGGCCAAUUUUUCCAUGUGUCAAGAAUUGUUGGCGCAUGGUGCAAAAGUUACCAUGGACAGGGAUAAGCCGUCCAAAGCCACGCCACUUCAUCUGGCCUCGAGAAGAGGUGAGAUCCACCUGGUUGACUUGAUGCUCGAAUGGGGUGCUCCGGUUAAUAUCAAAGAUAGUCGAGGUUCAAGCCCGUUACACCAUGCAGCAAGAUCUGGACGUGUCGACAUCAUAAAGGCCCUCGUUAGAGGAUCCGCUUCCCUUAUCAUGGAAAAUAAAUCUGGCCAGACAGCACUUUUCUCAGCCUGUACUUUUGGCCAGACAGAGGCUAUGAAACUGCUGUGGAGUUUGGGAUCGAAUAUACUUCACAAAGAUGCCCUUGGGAGAUCCAUGCUGCACACAGCAGCAAAACAUGGACACAGGGAACUGGUGGAUAUCCUCGUUGCUGCAGGCAUAUCCGCCGUGGCCAAAGACAGAUAUGACAGGACCCCCAUUCAUGAAGCCUGCAAGAGUGGCUGGGCAUCAAUUGUCGACAAAUUGCUCCAGGCCGGAGCGCCCGUACAAGUGGCGGACAAGUUUGGAUGGACCUGCUUACAUUACGCUUGUCAAUGUCGUGACGUUCCCGAAGGCGUUGUGCAGCUUCUUCUCGACCGAGGGGCAGAUGCAUCCGCUGCAGACCGAAAGGGCCGCACCCCAUUAAUGAUCGCAGUACAAUAUUCGACGGUACGGGUAUUGAAGAUAUUUUGGACGCAUGAUCAGAGCUUGUUUUGGCAUACAGAUGCAGAUGGGUGUACAGUUUCGCAAUACCUCCGCAAAACUGGGGGAGAUGCGACGACGACGACAGCGGAACUGGAGGAAGAGAAAGAAGAGUUCCUUCGCGCUUACAUUCCAGGAUCCUAUCAGUCAGCAAGAAGAACAUUGGGUAUUCGAGAAACUUCUCACGACGAAGAAUCCGUUGAUAUUACUGCGGAUGAGCCUGCUCGAGGUUGGUCACCACCGACCGAAUUGGAUACUGACGAUAUCGAUGAUGACGCAUCUUGGAACGUAGACUAA